UUCGAUACAGUUUAAGACUAGUAUAUCUUUGAAGCAUUAGUUCUAGUGGAAUCCAAGGUUAGAACUAGUGGAAUAGAUACGAUUGAGAUAUAUAAGAUGACUGGUGCUGUGUAUCUUGUCAUAUUUCUCGUGACUAUAUUAGCUUCUAUCUAUCUGGUGGUGAUCUUCUUUUCACAUACUCCAAGAAAAGAAACAUCUAGUGAACUUAAUUACACCACCAACGAUGACGGAAGCAAGACCCAUCAGUUGUCGAGAAGAAUCACAUCCACUGAUAUUGCAACGGGCGAGGACAGCUUACUUGAUAUCAGUGUGGUAGUGCCAUGUUAUAACGAAACCAAGAGAUUGGGUAAGAUGUUGGAUGAAUGUGUAUUAUAUCUUGAAACCAAUCAUAAGGGGAGGUAUGAAAUUAUUAUUGUAGAUGAUGGAUCUCAAGAUCAUACGGCAGAAUUUGCCAUUAAAAAGGCCAAUGAAUUAAAGAUACGCCCACACGUAUUGAAAGUUGUCAAGCUUUCCAAGAACAGAGGUAAAGGGGGCGCUGUUACACACGGACUAUUACAUGCUAGUGGGAAACUUGCUCUUUUUGCAGACGCUGAUGGGGCCACCAAGUUUAGUGACGUCGGGAAGAUGAUACCAUAUUUUGCCAAUAAUCCUGAAGUGCCCAAGGUAGCCAUUGGAUCUAGAGCUCAUAUGGUUAAUACAGAUGCAGUUGUGAAGAGAUCAUUUAUUCGUAACUGCUUGAUGUAUGGCUUACACACAUUGGUUUAUGUGUUUGGAAUUCAAGACGUGCAAGAUACUCAAUGUGGGUUCAAACUUUUUAAUAAAUCAGCUAUUUCCAAGAUUUUCCCUCAUAUGCAUACAGAAAGAUGGAUUUUCGAUGUGGAAGUUUUAUUACUUGCUGAAAUGCAAAAAAUUCAAAUUAAGGAGUUUGCUGUUAAUUGGGUUGAAAUUGAUGGUUCAAAAGUAGAUUUGGCUAGAGAUUCCAUUGGUAUGGCCAUUGAUUUGGUGGUGACAAGAUUGGCAUAUUUAUUCGGUAUUUACAAACUUGACAAGUGUAAAAAAUUGGGUAAGAAGAACCAAUAAUUUUUCAAAUUGAUAACUACAUUUCCAGCUAACCAUUUAUAGUUAAAUGUAAGAUACUUUAUAGAAUUAAAUUCACAAAA